AUGAAUGAACCACGGCAUUCUCUCAAAGCCCGCCCUCCGGAUACGUCCAGCCUUUUGGAUCAGUCGAGUGAUAACUUCGAAUUUCCGCCACUUCAACCUCUCAGUCACAACAACUCCUUCUCAAAACCUUCAGCUUUCGACGAGCCCAUUAUUCGCGAUGGCUCGCCCAUUGAUCUCGGGGUGGGCCUCAAUGAAGCUGCGGGCGCUGGCCAUGCCGUGGAUUCGCGCCAUGUCAGUUCACUCCUGGUUCAGCCCUCCGUGUCUGAUCACCAUGUGGUUCCUGCCAUAGCUCUUUGUGAGCGUGGAGAAAGGCUUCCGAAGAAGACCGAACCCAUCCCAAAGAAAGGGAACCCGAGAAUGGGGUGGUUGAAGUGGGCCAUUCAAGACUCCAGCAUCUUUGCAAAUCAGCAAGAGGAAAUCAUCGCCGCGCAAUACGGAACACACAACAAAACCUUCUUCAGUGGCGUUCAGGACAACUCGUUUUUCCAAUGGGGAUUGCGAUAUGUGCCGGCCGCGUCCCAUGAUAACGUGUUCCGGACGGUGGUGAUUGGCAACCUCCCGCAUGCGUGCACGCUCACCCAGAUCCUGCCGCAAAUUCGGGGGGGUCCGAUCUUCUCGGCCUCGCUGCUGAAUACCUGGACCAUUACCGGAUGCCCGACCGCAUUGAUCACCUUCAAUCAUCAAAAGGGAGCGCUGAACUUCCUCCGUCGCGUUGGCCGGGAUGGCUUCUAUGUUGGCGCCAGUGCUGCGCAGGUGCAGCCGGUCCCGACCCCCACGUACCUCAUGACUGGGGACAUGGAGACUCAGAUCAACAAGCUUGGCCGGACUCGUUGCCUUGUGGUUUCAUCUCGUCGGUCGGGAAAUUUGAAGAAGGGCAUCCAUCGAGUGCUAGCCACGUCUCGGCUCCGGAAUUACGUGGAGUGCUUCGGGGAACGGGACCCUGACGGCGAGGUCACCAUUCGGUUUCACUCGGUGAAGAUGGCGGGAGUGGCUUGCACGAUGCUGGUGAACGACGAGCGGCUGAGAGGUGCGUUUGUGAAGACUGCCCCGGAUCCAUGCUCGCUGGUCUGA